CAUCCUAGGAAGGUGAAUGCCCUGAUCAGUGUUGUAUGGUAUAACGUUAUAUUUACAUUCAUUCUCAUUCUAUCAAACUAAAGGAUUAUAUAAUGAUAUUCAUAAAUUCCUUUCAAACAAAUGUGCGUAAUACAUAUUCAGAAUAAAACGACGGAAUUUUAAAAUGGAUUUUAAGAGGUUUAUGAACUAAAUAUAUGACAAAACAGAGCCGAACAACAGACAGGAAAAUGUCACGGAUGAGGAGGCCAGCGUCGAGAUUUAGAAGCUUCGUCACCUUUCUAGCAACAUUUGUGAUUGUGACAGCCUUCAUUUGCCUUCAAAAUACAAGAACUUUUGUGGACGAUGCAGAACAGUCUGCAUCUGCUAGACAAUUACAUGCUGAUUACUAUAUUCGUGAUACACGUCGAUCCUUGCUAAAAUUUUCCUCUCGGCGAAAACAGCUUAAAGACGCUUUAUGGACAGUCAGAACUAAAUUUAAAAACGAGACAAAAUUGCAACGUAUCACAAUAAAUCACGAACGUGAAAUCAUUGCAAUGGAAAUAACAAACAAACUUUUGAACAAACAUUUACCGGUAGGCAAAGCGACAAAUUCUGAAACCACGCCCUCAGUAACAGAUGCCCCAACCAGGCCAGUUACGACUCAGUCGGACACCACGCCUAUCAUUACAGAUGUGCCAACAUCACCAGUAACAACAGAAUCAAUAACUACCCCUAUAGUAACUGAACCUGGUGCGAAGGAGGUAACAACAGAAAAAGAUUGAAAAUGUAUAGUUGAUUUAGCAAGUAAACAAAGGAGCUUGAAUAGAAACGCAUCAUUUAGCUUGAAUCUUUUUGUACGAAAUGAACGGUAUCAAGACUUUUCACCUCCUAGACGUUUUCUCCCCUAGACUUUUCACCUCCUGGUUGUUUCACCCCUAGUUGUUUCACCUCCUGUUUAUUAUAAGUAGGUGUUAAAUGUUCUAUUGUUAUACUUGAUUGAUCUCUGAUAAUGGUAGGUGUUGAGCACGAUUAAACGGUACCUUAAGUAUAACAAGAACGAGGUACAUUUAUAGACAGGUUUAUAGAGAAUUUUUAAUACAUCUACCUGGAAAGCUUCAUAAGAAAACCUAGAUAUUUUGAAUAAUAAACAUUGAGCUCGAGAAAUGUAUAGUGAACUAAUGUUUUCCAGAAACUGUUGAACUGUACACAUGUUGUUAAAUGUAAUUGUUAAUAAUAUUUUUAAACUAGA